AAUAUGUUGAAAAUCUUAUUCUACAACUUGGCUUAUAACGCGUUUUAACUUUCCAUAUAAUCUCAAGCUUCAUGGAACCAAUUAAGCCUCUUUAGUCUUUACUCUUUGUCAAUGGCGGCCAUGAUCAUGAGCACAGAUGCAGCUUCUUCUUCUUCUUCUUCUGCCUUUCGCUGGAAGUAUGAUGUUUUCAUUAGUUUUAGAGGAGAAGACACUCGCAAGAACUUCACAGAUCAUCUGUACGCAGCUUUGACUCAGAAAGGCAUUGUCACUUUUAGAGAUGAUUUGAAACUUGAGAGAGGAAAGCCUAUUUCUACGGACCUCCUCAAUGCAAUCCAAGGGUCCAGAUUUUCUCUCAUUGUUUUCUCCAGAAACUAUGCUACUUCAUCCUGGUGCUUGGAUGAGCUCUUGAAGAUUGUUGAAUGCAUGAAUGAUCUGGGGCAAACAGUUCUCCCAAUCUUCUAUGAUGUCGACCCUUCUGAGGUACGGAAACAAACUGGUAGUUUUCACAAGGCAUUUGCAGAUCAUGAGGAAUCGGCAAACAAGGACAAGGUGAGCAAGUGGAGGGCAGCCAUGGCUGAAGUGGCUACUCUUUCUGGAUGGCAUUUGCAAAACAGGCAUGAAUCAACAUUCAUUCAGGAAAUAGCUGAAGAGAUAUUGAGGAGAAUGGGCCACUCAUCCUCGACUACUGUUGUUAACGACCUGGUUGGAAUAGAACCUCGUCUGGAGGAAAUGCUUUCCAUCUUAGAAAUGGGAUCCAAGGAUGUUCGAAUUGUAGGGAUUUGUGGGAUGGGUGGGAUUGGUAAAACCACUCUUGCUAGGGUCAUCUAUGACAUGUUCUGUUCUCAGUUUGAAGGUUUCAGUUUCCUUGAAAAUGUUAGAGAAGUCUCUAAAAAUAGUGGCCAUGGUCUUACCGGUUUGAAGCAACAACUUCUUUCACAAGUCCUGAUAGAAAAAGAUGCAAGCGCAACAAGGUUUAGUAUAUCCAGAUUGCUUAAAUAUAAGAGGGUUUUCCUUGUUCUUGACGACGUGAGUGAUUCAGAACAAUUAGAAGCACUCGCAGGAAGUCAUGAUUGGUUUGGUGCCGGAAGUAGAAUCAUCGUAACCACUAGAGAUAAGCAUCUAUUGGAGGCUCACGGCGUGGCGGAGAAGAUGAUAUACAAGGCUAAGGAAUUAAUUAGUGAUGAAGCACUUCAGCUCCUGAGUUGGAAAGCCUUCAAGCUAAACCAUCCUCCAGAGGAUUAUGAAAAACUUUCAAAGCAAAUCGUAUCCUAUGCUGGCGGCCUUCCUCUUGCUCUUAAGGUUGUUGGUUCCUUUCUACACGGCAGAAGUGUAAUUGAGUGGGAAAGUGCAUUGAAGAGACUCAAACAAAUCCCUGACAAGAAAAUUUUUGAUAUACUGAAAAUAAGUUAUGAUGGUCUAGAGGAAACAGAGAAGAAAAUAUUCUUGGAUAUUGCAUGCUUCUUUCAAUGGAAGUAUGUCAAGACAGUAUCUGCAAUACUAAAGAGCUCUGGUUGUUUUCCAGAUGUCGAGAUAGGAGUUCUUGUCCAGAAAUCUCUAAUAGAAAUUAACAACAAGAUGUUCUGGAUGCAUGAUUUGUUACGAGAAAUGGGUUGGACAAUUGUUAGUCAAGAAUCUCCGGACGAGCCUGGCAGGCGUAGCAGGCUGUGGCUUCAUGAUGAUAUAUCUCAUGUACUAACUGAGAAAACUGGAAGCGAAAAGGUUGAAUGCAUAUAUCUGAAGACGCCUAAAUCAAAAGAGAUACGAUUUGAUGCUGAUGCAUUUUCAAAAUUGAAGAAACUAAGGCUAUUAAAAAUCCAAGGUUUGCAACCAUCAAAAGGGCUUGAUUUUCUUUCUAACGAAUUACGGGUUCUUAAAUGGCGUGGAUAUCCUCUGAAAGCUUUGCCCUUGAGUUUCAAUCCUGAGAAACUCAUUCGAAUUAGCAUGACUCACAGUCGGAUUGAACAACUAUGGAAGGGAAGGCUGCAAUUACAAACACUGAAGGUAAUCAAACUCAGUUAUUCAAGAUAUCUGAUCAAGACCCCUGACUUAGGAGGUGCCUUGAACCUUAAGAAACUAAUUCUUGAAGGCUGUACAAAUUUGUGUGAGCUUCACCCUUCUAUUGGAGACCUCAGGAGGCUCAUUGUUUUGAAUCUAAAAUACUGCAGAAACCUUCAGAGCCUCCCAGACAGUGUUUGUGGUCUGAAAUCUCUUAAAACUCUAGACAUCCAUGGAUGUGCAAAAAUCAACAAAUUGCCAGAGAACAUAGGAGAAAUAGAAUGUUUGGAAGAGCUUGAUCUUAGCGAUACUGUCAUCACAAAAUCACCAUCCUCCAUUGUACUUAUGAAGAAUCUGAAAAAACUAUCAUUCAGGGGGUGCAAAGAACCAAUUACUAAACCUUGGGAUUUUCUCUACCGCGCCUUUUGUUUGCCUGCAUUUGGUCAAGGCUCGGGGGGUUUGGUGUUACCUUCUUCUUUCUCAGGUUUACGGUCUUUGACAAAUCUGGAUUUAAGUGACUGCAAUCUUUCAGAAGGAGCACUUCCCAGCGAUAUUGGCAACUUAUAUGCCUUGACAAAUUUGGACCUAAGUAGGAACAAUUUUGUUACCUUGCCUUCAAGCAUUAAUCAACUUUCUCAGCUGAAGAAGCUCAAUCUGAAGUACUGUCAGCAGCUUCGAGAGGUGCCAGAGCUUCCUUCAAGCAUAGAAGAUUUGUGCGCACACAAUUGCCUGUCUCUCGAAACUUUAUCAGGUCCAUCAGGCCUCAAUUUGUCAAAUAAUCGUGAUUUUAAGCUUAAUAACUGUUUCAAGUUGGUGGAGAACAACCAGAAUGUGGCAGUUGCGUUGCUACGAAGACAUCUUCAAUCAAUGGCGAAACUACGGCUUCAGUUAGUUUGCUCCCUUGCUCUCAAACUGGCAGAUGAGAACCAAUCCCUCAACAGGAAUAUCCUUGCAUUGACAAAGAUUAUAGUUCGCUUUUUUAUGGAUGCGGUGUUCAAAGGAGUACAUGAUCCACCAGCUCACAUUCCUGCAUUGGUCAUAUAUCUUCCAGGGAGCGAAAUUCCAGAUUGGUUCACUUACCAGACUACAUCUACCAUAAUGGGCAUCCAGCUACCUCCAAAUUGGUACAACGACAUUAAAUUCAUGGGAUUGGCUUUCUGCAUCUCUUUUACACUCCACGAGGAUUAUACGAAACCUGCUUCAGAACAUGUUUACAAGAUCAUAUUCUCUUUGGUUUCUAAUAAUGGAAACUACAUCAUUAGAGGUACACAGAAUAACUUUGGCAGGGAAACAUUGGCUGUUGGUGAUCACCUAUUUCUUAUAUACAUACCAUUCGAUGAGUACUUUCAGAAGCGGACAUGGCCUCAUGUCGAAGCUCACUAUGCAUGCGAAGGCCCUGGCCUUGAGUUCAAGAGUUGUGGUAUUAACUUGGUGUUCUUUAAGGAUGCAGAAGAUCCAACUCAAGGGGGGAUAUUUGGAGAGGGCGUAAACAUCUCUCCUGGACUACUUCCGAGAUUAACUUCCCUCCUGAAUACCUUUGGUGGUUCUCCUGCAACAAUUGAUAACAGUCAUGAGGCAGGACCAAGUGGAAGUACUGCAUCAAGUGGAAGUACUGCCCCUUCUGGAGUUGAGGAAUCAUGUUCACAUUCACCUUCACAUGGUACAGGAGCAGAAGAAGAAUCCAUUGAUACAAUGACCAAAAGUGAAGGUACUGUCCCUUCUUUAUGAUCCUUUGGGGCUAAUGUCAAAAGGCAUUGGUGGCAGUGAGAAAAGGGGAAGAGGAGGUAGUAAAAGUGGCUCUGGUGAAGAGAAAGCAGAAGAAUCUCUUGAUGAAAAGACCUUAUUCAACAUUAGAUAUAAUCUGGUUUCACGAUCCCUAUCUCGUAUGUGGACAUCAAACGCCCAAGCUGACAAUUCACAAGUUUAAUUUAUAUAUGUUUACAUGUAACACAAUUCUGCAGAAAAGCUGAAAAGGGCCUGUCCAGCAAGAGAGGAGAGGUUGUUUAAGAGUAAACUUUUACCUUAUGUUGUGAAGAGGGAAGUUUUUACUUGGUUUGAGAAUCACGAAUCGCUUAGAUGACACUCAUGUAUAUGAUAUCUUAUAGAGAUCUCGAGUUCGAGCC